UAACAACUGUCACAGGACUCUGGCUAUCAGGAUGGCAGGCAGGCUCUCCCUCCCUGAGGUGGACCUCUCCUGUCCCAUCUGCUGCGACAUCUUCAGAGAGCCGGUGGUCCUCAAGUGCAGCCACAGCUUCUGCUCGCCGUGCCUGCAGCAGUACUGGUCGCAUGGACGGAGCCGGGACUGCCCUAUGUGUAGAAACCAGUCUGUGGAUGACCCGGUGCCCAGCCUGACCCUGAAGAACCUUUGUGAGGCGUACGUCCAGGAGAGCGAAGGCUUGGAGGAAACAGGAGGAGGCGGAGGAGGAGAGCUGUAUUGUGAUCCUGGGGAGAUGUGUGUUCUUCACGGGGAGAAGCUCAAGCUUUUCUGCCUGCCGGAUCAGGAGCCGAUCUGUGUGGUUUGUCACACCUCCAGGAAGCACAAACAGCACGACUGCUGCCCUGUCAGCGAGGCUGUCGUGGACGUGAAGGAUAAGAUGAAGUCAGCCCUUGAUUCUUUGCAAGAAAAGAAGGACGCAUUCGACAAAAUGAAGAAGAACUACGAGGACGCGGUGGAGCACAUUCAGGUUCAGGCUCAGUUCGUCCAAAGGCGAACCCACGAGGAGUUUGAAAAGCUCCACAUGUUCCUGAGAGUGGAAGAGGAGGCCAGGAUGGAGGCACUGAGAAGGGAGGAAGAGCAGAAGAGCAGAGUGAUGAUGCAGAAGAUCGAAGAAAUUACAGGAGAGAUAACGUCUUUGUCUGAAUCAAUCAAACAUUUGGAGGAGGAGCUUGCUUUGGAGGGUGUAUUUGUACUUCAGAACUGCAAGAGGACACUGGCAAGAGCAAACUGCCCAGUUGAAAACCCGAUCAUGGCUCCGGGGUUGCUCAUAGAUGUUGCAAAAUAUCUGGGUUCUCUGAAGUUCCAUGUUUGGGAGAAAAUGCACAACACUGUCAAAUACACUCCGGUGACCCUCGACCCCAACACGGCCGCUCCGUGGCUCAUCCUGUCAGAUGACCUCACCAGCGUCUGUGACAGCGAUGUGAAGCAGAAGUUACCUGACAACCCGGAGCGCUUCAACCCUGAUACAGCUGUCCUGGGCCGCGAGGGCUUCACCUCAGGGAAACACUCCUGGGAGGUCAGCGUGGGAGACAACCAGGCGUGGGUUGUUGGGGUGGCGAAGGAAUCUGUCGUAAGGAAAGAGAAAGUGUCCUCAGUGCUCAAGAACGGAUACCUGUGCGUGUACUUCUAUCAUAAAAUGUACUUUGCGGGUACUUCUCCGUUAACAAGGCUUACCCUAAAGAGGAAUCCACAGAAGGUCCGGGUGCUGCUGGACUGUGACAAGGGCAAGGUGUCUUUCUAUGACCCCCAAGAUAACUCCAACAUCUACACGUUCAAACACGCCAUCACCGAGAAAGUCUUUCCUUACUUCUGGGUGGGUUGUCAGCAGUGUCCUUUGAUAGUGGAGCCGCUAGAGGUUUCUGUGAAAGCUCUUGGGUAUUGUUAGAAGUAGAACAUUUAAAUUUCAUAUCUUUUAGUUUUCUAGCACAAAAAAAGAGGUAUUUUGAAUUCCAGAAAGUGCAAGAAGGUACUCAGAAUGUGAAAUCAAGACGCAUAAUUUCAAGUCUUUUCUGAUCAUUUUUACUGCACUUUGUCACACGACUUCUUUUCUUACUUUAGUUUGAUCUUUGCACUUUGAAACCAAAACAGAAGCUCUUUAAACGUUAUUGUCUGAAUUGUUUGUGCAAUACGCAAUCAUCAUAAUCACAACGUGUGUUUUUUUAACAGCAAAGUGUAGCCUGAGAAUAUCGUACAGAAAUGUGGCUCCUGCUUGUUAAAUCCAAUAUCGUAAUACAUAUUGGAAUCUGCAUGUCGAACAUGAAAUGUCUGUCCAUUUGUAUGACUAAUCUGUGUUGAUAGCAUUGUAAUUAUGGCACAAAUGAUGCCUUGUGUGUCAAUACUGAUUACAUUGUACAAAUUUAGAGUGGUAAAUUAAUUAAUAAAUGAUUUUCAAUUA